AUGCCCAUCCUCGGCCUCGCAUCCUCGUCAACACCGGUCCACCCGGCCCACUUCGACAUCGAGAAAGUGAUUCGGCCAAACAUCCUCGCACUGCACCCAUAUCGUUGUGCUCGAGACGACUACCAGUCCGGCAUCCUCCUCGACGCGAACGAGAACGCGCUCGGGCACUCUAUCCCUCCCUCGUCCUCUCAAAAGCUCAAUGACAGCGUCAUCUCACCCGACGCACUCCACCCCGAGUUGCAGAGCAUGCUCGGUCUCGACCUGCACCGCUACCCGGACCCGUCGCACGACACGAUCAAGCGGCGCAUCGCGCACUGGCGCGGGCUGCCCGACGAGAAGCGCGUGUUCCUGGGUGUGGGCUCGGACGAGGUGAUCGAUCUGCUGAUGCGCGUGUGUGUUGCGCCUGGGGGAGCGGAGAAGAUUCUGAUCACGCCGCCGACGUACGGGAUGUACUCGGUGUGUGCGAAUGUGAAUGAUGUGGGGAUUGUGAAGGUGAAUUUGGAGCUGGGUGGGGACAAGGGGGAGGGCGGGGAGGAGGGGCGGUUCAGUGUUGUGGUUGAUGAGGUGAAGAAAGCGCUGUCUACAGAUCCAGGUAUCAAGCUCGUCUUCCUCUGCUCCCCGGGCAAUCCGACGGGCACGUUGAUAAGCCUGAAUGCGGUGCGCGCGCUGCUCGAGUACGAGCCAUUCAAGGGCAUCGUCGUCGUCGAUGAGGCGUACAUCGACUUUGCCGGGGACGCGAGCAAGGUCAGCGCGGCGGCGCUCGUCGAGGAGUACGCGAACCUCGUCGUGCUCCAGACGCUGAGCAAGAGCUUCGGGCUCGCUGCUAUCCGGCUAGGCGUCGCGCUCGCCCAGCCCCCGCUCAUCCAGGUCCUCACGAACACCAAAGCGCCAUACAACAUCUCCACGCCAACCGCUCAGCUCGCGCUCGCCGCGCUCUCGCCCCAGGGCAUGGCCGGCAUGCACACUAAAUCAUGCACACUCGUCUCCUCGCGCACCCAGCUUCUUUCCGCGCUCGCCCAGUCCCCAUUCCCCGAGCUCGGUAUAGGAAAGGCGAUCGGCGGGAACGAUGCCAACUUCAUCGUCGUGCCCAUCCUGGACAAAGCGACCUCAAGCAGGCCGGACAACAAGCGCUCGGAGAUGGUGUACACCGUGCUUGCGGAGGGCGGGCUCGUCGUGCGAUUUAGAGGGCGCGAGGCGGGGUGCGAGGGGUGUGUGCGGAUUACGGUCGGGACGGAGGAGGAGAACAGGGUGUUGUUGGAGCGGUUGGAGGGCGUGUUGGAGUUGGAUGAGGAGGGGCUGGAUGGGGCGUUGAGGGUGUUGUUGGGGAAGAGGGCGGGGGAGUCGUAG